CCACCUGCCUUGGUUGCUUCCUCCAAGUAAAAACAUAAACCCUCUUUUAAAUCCCUAAAGCUUCCUUCCACCCGGAAACAGUGCUAUCUGAGAAUCUGAUCUUAACGGAUUCGUUAAUCGAAAAAACAAUGGGUUUGACGAACUUCAUACUUACGGUGGCAGGAGUAAGCGCCGUGGUGAUGCUACUGAGGAGCGACGUCAAGCAAUCUGCCACCGUCUUCAAGCGUAACAUCAAGCACAUCCGCCACUGGCUCGAAGAAGAAACUCCCGCCGCCUCCAAGGCAGCGCAGUCCAUAAAACCAAAGGAGAUUGAAACCAAGGUUCCGGGGAAGGACAUCCCUAAAGAGAAGGAUUAGUGUGUGUGCUUUGUUGUAUACACGACGGGGUUUUUUUUUAGUUAAGAGUUGGAGUUAUGACUUUGGUUUCAACACCAUUGUCUGCUUAACUAUUGUAGCUGUGAAUCUUUUACAGUUUUUUUUUGUUUGUUUACUGUAUCGUCUUACCUCUUAAACGUUUGAGCACUCUUGGAAGUGAAACAUAAUAAUACUAUAACAUUAUAUC